GUUAGCAGUUAAACGUUCACCUCGAAAAUAAUAUAAACAUUAACAAUUUUCCCGUUUCAGAACGCAGAUCGCUAUGUUACAACGCAACGUGCGAAACUCGUCGCCAUUGAUGUCGUUAAUUCUACCCCUGAUUCCCCUAAAUGUAUUUUAAUGUCAUUAGCUGAAUCCACUGUUAUAGUCUUUUGAGAGUCCAUGCUAUCUGGGCUUUGCCCUCAAGCCGUUCAAUUGCAGUUAAUGAUUUACUCUCAAACAGACCUGACUCCGCAUUUUAAACAGGCGCUGUUUUCGCAGGAUUAUAUCUUGAAUUUCAAACUUUUAUGCCUUUUUUCUGUUUCAUUAGAAGACGACUUUCUCUAACCCAUAUUAUGGCGCUGUGGAAAUAACUUAUUUAAGUAGAUUCUACUGUUUAACAUGGGUUUUUUCUUCUAAUUGAAAACAUGGUGCGGGGGAUUAGUGAACUGCUUUUUCUGCCAGCUCUUUUGUUUUUACUCAACACUAGGCAAAGUCUGGGGUUACUGUCCGACUACAAAACAUGUGGAGAUCUUGAGUGUGAAAGCUCAAUAAAUCGAGUCCGAGCCAUACGAAACUAUAAGAACCCCGACUGCAGAUUUUUGAAUUUCAGAAGCGGUGACGUAAUAUUCGUAUAUCACAAACUUUCAGGAAAAAGAGACGACCUGUGGGCAGGAACUAUCGGCAAGCGGUUUGGUUAUUUCCCAAAAGAUGCAGUUGAGGUUGAAGAGACUUAUGCAACAAAAGAAGUGCAGGUUCCAACAAAGGAACAUGACUUCUUCUGUCUAGACGGAAACGGUGCUUUCAUAGAAAGUGACUCCAGUCACUGGGACAGUGAAGAACAUCAGGAAGAAACAGCAAGAGAUGAAACAGAAAGUCCAGAAGCAAGUGGCUCUGGAAGAGGCUCUGUAACAAAAUUUAAGAAUAGCGAAGGUAUUGCCAAAGGGCAAGAGAAUGGCCCGGCAGUACCGCACACCACUGACAGAAGCGAGGAGCCCAAGACUGUUGAACGAGGUGGGUCACAUUGGCUUGGAUCUGGAAUUACUGGAUGGCUGGGCAUCGGAGGCCAAGAGGAUGAUGUUUCCCAGGAAGAGAAAGAGGAACAAUACUCCUUUAGGAGUAGGAAGAUUGCAUUGGAUCUGAAGGACAAUGAUUUAGAUGGUAAUAAGCUGGAAACGGUGGCAGAAGCGAAAAAAUCUGGUUGGCUUGGGGGACAACUAUCAAACAUAUUUGGUCUUAGUCAAGAAACUCCGUCUGAAGUCGGGGGUCCGGAUGCCCCUGAAAAACAAGGAGUAAAAGUCACACUGCAGGACAGGGGUCAAAGUCCAGCAACGAGUAAUAAAAGGGUGAUAGCUGAGACAGAGACUACAAAGGAAGAGGAUGCACAGUCCAAGUCUUGGCUUAGCUUUGGUGUCGGGGAUCUGUUGAGCUAUGGUCAGAAGAACAGUGACAAGGAAGGUGAGGGAAGGGGAGAAAAUACUGAGGGUGAAAGUAAAAUAUUAGAAACUGCUGUAGAUGCGAAAACACCAAGACAGGAUUUUAGUCAAUCACAGGUUCAUACUGUACAGGAUCAAGAAGCAAAAGAUCCUGGUGGAACAACAACAACAACAAUAACAGCUCUCCAGCGAAACAGUGAGCAAAGCUCCCAGAUGUCUGAAUUAAAAGCUGAGAUGAAAGAAUCAAAUGCUGUUCCAGAAGUAGUGAUAACUAAAGAUGAAGAGCACAAGAAAGAGGAAAAUACAGGCAACAUUAAAGAUUAUGAUCCCAGCAAGCAUAUCCUAGGAGAAGAAAGUUUAGCCAAAUUUUCAGAUGAAGACAAAGAGCAUGCACUGUCUAAGGAGGAGCCCAUCAUAUCUGGUGCUAUAAACAUAAGUGGUUUGAAUCAAAACAGUCAAGAAGAAAAAAAUAGGCUUAAAGAAGAGGAACCACCUGCAGUUCAACUGGAUGUAGAAAGUGUCAUGGAACAUGACGUGAUCAGUUCCUAUUCAGAAGAUAAUUUAAAAUCAUUAGAUUUGUCAGUGGAUAAUAAUGCCUCAAAAUCUGAAAGUCUAAUAGAAUCUGAAGAUCAUACCAUAAAAUCUGACGGAACUGGAAUAAACAUUGCUGGAAAAAGUACUUUACUAUCAGAAAAUCAGAUUGAGAAAUCAGGCAUUGUGCAAGAUAUCACUGAAAAUGUAAGUGAUCUUCAGGGUGACAGUGAGGCAAAAGUAAGGAUAGAAGAAACCAGUGCCAGUGAGAAUACUGAAAACAUGCUGAAUUCUAGGUUUGAAAGCCCAUUAGAAACAAAGCCCAGUACAGUUGAUGAAGCUCAUACAUCUUCUGUGCCAGAAGACCCUGUCGGGCAAAAGCUACAAGUUGAUGAAGCUCAUAUCAUUUCUGUGGCAGCAGACACUGAAGGGCAAAAUCUACAAGUUGAUGAAAAUCAUUUCACUUCUGAGCCAGAAGACACUGUCGGGCAGAAGCUGCAGGUUGAUGAAUGUCAUACCACUUUGUUCCCCUUAGAUACUGAAGGGCAAACACUACAGGCUGAUGAAGCUCGUACCACUUCUGUGCCAGAAGACACUGAAGGGCAAACGCUACAGGUUGAUGAAGCUCGUACCACUUCUGUGCCCGUAGAUACUGAAGGGCAAACACUACAGGCUGAUGAAGCUCGUACCACUUCUGUGCCCGUAGAUACUGAAGGGCAAACAGUACAGGUUGAUGAAGCUCGUACCACUUCUGUGCCAGAAGACACUGAAGGGCAAAAGCUACAGGCUGAUGAAGCUCGUACCACUUCUGUGCCUGAAGACAAUGACAGUCAGAAACUACAGGUUGAUGAAGCUCAUAUCACGUAUGCGUCGGAAGCAAAUAGUGACAAUCUUACUACCAAGGAGACAGAUACAAAAGCAAAUAUG